GGAACAUCAGCUCUCACAGAAACACUAUUGCAGAAUGUUUGAGGGAAUCAAAAACUGGUUUACUGGCAGCAAGCCAGCAGUCGAGCAGUGUGAAAUUAACAAGCCAAAGCCAUGCUGUGUGUGUAAAGACGAAAAGGCUACAAGAGAUGAGUGCUUGCUCAAGUUUGGUCAAGAUUCUGGUAAAUGUGAUGAUAUUAUUCUUGCUUACAAAAAAUGUAUGAAAGGUUAUGGGUUUGAAACCUUUUAAUAAAUCUAUUUAUUAAGGGCAAAUAAGCUUAUUAGAUAUUAUUCAAUGAAAUUCAUGUAAAUAUGGUACAAUUAAAACUAAAAUUUAUAUAAAAAUUUUUCUCUUUUCUCCUUUUCCUUUUGGGCAUUUUGUCUAAAUAAAAGUAGCAUAUCAAACUAUUAUG